AUGAACUCGCAAGUGAUGUACCACAAUGUGCCCACACCGCCGGGCAACGUAUCUUUGGCGGCCGCUGCUCCUGACGGCGGUUUGCUGUAUGCCGGCAUUCGCUGCAUCAACUACAUAUCCGCGCCGCCGGCAAACGGGGAGCAGCCCCAAGUGGUGACUAUGUCGACGCGGAUCAACAUACUGGCCCUGGAUGUAAGUCCCAUGUGGGGCGUGGGCAACGGUGGGCCGGCCAAGCCGUUCGCCAUUGUGGGCGACGAUCUAAGCGUUCAGGUGUGGGACUGCGCACUGGGCGAAGCCGUCAUCGGUCACAAGGCCCAUCAGCACCAGCACGAGGCGCGGGAUGUCCGCGUCGUGCACCACACUACCAACUCUGUGCUGAUGAGCUACCUGGCCAACGGUAACAUUCUGUCCAUGGACGCCAGUGAUCUGGUCAUCUAUUGUGUGGCCUCCAACACCUACUGUCGUCGUUCCACUUUCAUCUCGCCUCGAAGUCACCAGCUCACUAUGGUGCGCUGCUCGCCCUACAACGACAAUUUGUUCGCCGUGGGAACGGCUAUGGGUAAUGUCCUGGUCUGCGAUCUGCGCAAGAUGAACAUCGUCUACAAGUUCCACGGCCACAAAGCGCCUAUCUGCGCCUUGGCCUGGCGGCAGGUCCCUGCCGCCGAGGACGAACAAACCAACAAUCUGGCGUCGAGAGCUGAAGAGUGGCGAACCCGCAAUGGCGGCCAGGAGGAGAAACCCAAGGCAAAGCCACCACCACUGACCAAAUCCAAGGCAGCCGAGUCCGACGACCCCUUCGACAUAUAUAAUUUUGAUCAUCUAGAGUACGAGUUCGGUGCACCUAUAGAUGAACGCCGACGCAAAUCCUCAGAGGAUUGUGGCGGCGAAUUUGUGGGCCUAGAGAAGCCAGCCGGCGCCGCUGUCUUGGAUUUCGUUGAGGCCUGCGAGAGUGUGAAAGCCGACCUCUUGGCCAGUCGCCAGGAGGAUAAAACGCAGCAAGUGGAGGUCACGCUGAAUGACUGCGAGCCCACAAAGCCCACGGGUCCCUUAAGCGAUGCCAGCACCAUUAGCAACAAGAACGAUGCCAGCGACUCAACCGAGGGCAGUCUCGAGGUCAUCCAGUACAGCUCGUCCAGUGAUGAUGCCGUGAUCGUCGAUGGCGAGGCAGCAAAGCCGAAGAGAGAAGUAUUGCAUCACAUCUACCACCAGGCUGAGGUGCAUGCUUCAGGAACACCGCAUACCAAGUCUGAGCCCCCGAGAAAUCUUCAAGUGGUACCGGCCAUCAGCGCGGAGACCAUCAGCUCGACUUCCGUGAACAGCGCUCACUUGGAAACUCUGCUCGUUUCCAUUGACGGCGAUGAGGUGAUGAUGAUCUGGAAUACCAAUACGGGAGCACAUGCUGGCAAGAACUACAGCAAAAGCAAGACGGCGGGCAAGCUUAACAACGUCUACUGGCUGAACAACCAUGUCAUUGUUUCCCUGAGUCGCCAUCAGUUAUUCUUUUGGUCCGUGGAGUUCGAGCGCAAGAUGCUACGCUACAAGAUCAGCAAGGACAAAUCACACAGCUGCCAUUUGCAAGACAUCGUGUCGUUUGCCUGUGACUCCAGCAAAGAGAUGAUAUGGUUGUGCAGAAACAAUCGCCAGAUUGGAAUGAUGAAUCCCCAAACUGGCCGGAUGGCUGACUUUUACGGAACAGUGGCGUUUGGAGUGCGAGCGAUGGCCGAGUGCCCAGAUGAUAUGAACAAAAUCGCGUUGGGUUGUUCGGAUCGCCGAGUGGCCUUCUUUGAUAUAUCGAAGCUCACCACCAGCUCCCUGCCCAUCGACAGCGUUUAUGUGUCCAGCAACGUCUACUGCCUGGCAUGGAGUCCAAACUGCUUAGAACUGGCCUUUGGCACCUUCGACGGAACGGUGGGCAUCCUUGAUGUGGAGCGCAUGAAAGUAAAGACACACUUACGGACGUCGCACAAGAAGGAAGUCUACUCCCUGGUGUGGCAGGACCACUUUAUAUACUUUAUCGUCAAUCGUGUUCUGGGCUUCUUUGAUUUGAGAAAAUCGAAAAUCGAGCCCACGAUUGUGAACUGCAUUGCUCGACCCAGUUACCUCAGCAUUCGCGAUUCUUUUCUUUUUGUUGGCACCGAUGAUGGACUACUGCAGAUCCAUGAGCGAGAUUCGGGAAUGGAGAAGUCGUGGACUCCAUUUAUCCGCCAAUCCGCUUUGUUUGCUCGUUAUGUGACCGAUAUAGCCUGGUGCCCGCUGGAAAGCAAUAAGUUUGCAGUGUCGGGCAACGAUAAGUCCGUGUACGUGAUGGAGUUCCAGCCCACGGAGCGCAACUGGAAAACGCUUCACACAUUUACGGCAAGCGCGGAGAAGGCGUCGAUUACCUCGCUGAAGUGGAGCCAUACCCAGAAGCACUUGCUGCUCACCUUCCACAUCGAGGGAAAGGUGUGCCUGUGGAACUGCAAUGCGCCAGAGAAGCCACCGCUAACCAUCACCUACCACUGCCCCAUGUGGUGUGGAAUGUUUUUGCCCACCAACGAGAACAUCAUUAUGUGCUCGGGAAAAGCGCUCUCCGUGGAGCUAAUUGACAUUAAGGACGCCCUGGAAGGCAAUGAGAAAAGCAUCUGUCCCAAGGUGGAUGCCCUGUUAAACGUUAAGUGGGCUAGCAAAUCUCUGACUCAGCCAUACGCUCCUGUUCUCACAGCGGCUGAAAAGAAACGGCAGCGCCGGGAUCAACGCAAAGCAGCGGCUAAGCUCGAAGUUGAUGUAGCUAACAAGGAUCAAAAGAAAAUCCAGGAGUCAGGAACUGCAGUUAUUGAUAAUCCAACCAACGAUAAAUGUCUGAAAGAAACUCCUGUAGAAGAGAUGCUGGAAGCGCUCAGGUUGGACAAAGAUCAAAAUAAUAGAAAUGCCAAAGAAUGUCCAAAGUGUAAAGAGCUGGAGGCGAAGCAGUCACCUGACAGUUUCAUACAUAGCCGCACCUGUCUUUACCUUACCCAGAAGGAGCUCAACAAAAGUGCCCUUGAGAAGCUGGCCAUUGUUCUUGAUGAAGACGCUGCCGAGAUCGACAAGUCGGUGCUCAUGUCGAAGCUGUUCAGUACCAAAGUGAUGGCCAAGGAGCUCAUUGCAACGGAGUUGACCAACCUGAAGCACUCAAACACCAAAGACAUAGCUCCACUUUGCCUGGCCUUGUCCACGUUCAAAUUACGCGAGGAGCUGGAGCAGCAUAUAGUCAACAAGACGCUUACCGAACGACAUGUCUCGCUGGCUCCCUCCGUAUCUUUUACACUUUGGCAGGACUGCUGUCGCGCUUAUGCCAAGCAGAUGGAGGAAAAAGGCUUCAUCAUGCAUGCAGCUACGUAUCUUUUUAGCCAGGGAAUGCAGUCGGAAGCCAUCAAUCUGUUCCUGGCCAACGAGUACUAUAAGGAGGCCCUUGUGCAUGCGCGCAUCUGCUUGCCGGCAACGGAUCCCCUGAUCAAGACCAUAAUUAACAAUUGGCUCGAGCAUCUGGAGGGGACGGGCAACUUUGCAGCAGCAGCUCUAAUUUGCGUUUUGGACAAUGAGAUGCUGCGUGGCCACACCUAUCUAAGAAAAUUCCGCAACUGCACUCCGGAAAUUGCCGACCUAAUGGACAAAAUCGAACAGACCGGCCAGCUGGGCGGCGUUAUAGAUAAUUGUAGUCCCAAUUAGCCGAUCCACAAUGGUUCUACUGCCGAGCAUUAGGCCUUAAAUCAACAUUUUUGUAAGCGUACUUUUAGCUGAAACAGGCUGUACUAGAGUAACUCAUUUGAAAUCCCCCCAUACAAUCAUGAAGCUAUUAUCUAUUAGCUAGGCAUUUACAAAUGUUUUUCAUUAAUUUAAAUAGAAUUGAAACCGAUUUAAGUUGCCUUUGGUAUACUUUUAUUUUAAUUUAAUUUACCCUUAAGAAAAGAUGAAUAUAAGAUACAUAUAUCAAUGGCACAAUAGCUAGUAAAACAAACACACACAAAUUGAAUUUCGAAUAAACGAAAACGCGAGAAAAAGAAACCGCA